AAUUGCAUACAAUUAUCAGCAAUCUGUGGUUCUCAGUAGAUUGUAAUGUUUUAAAUAAACUGCAUUUCAUGUAUAGUAUAUAAAGGUUGUCAAAUACCUAGACAAGUUAUGAGACAUUUCCCUCUGUUUUCAUAACCACUAAUCUUGGACUACCUUUAGGGGUUGUUGAAAUGUAACAUUUUCAUAUAAAACAUUAACAGUAAGGGGGGGGGGGGGGGGGGGUGUCAUUGAAGUGAAGAUAGUAUUCAGGAAUUAUUAUAUAAAAGAGUGGUUUGUUUGUUUUUUAAAUGUUGAAAUCCCACCCCCCCCACCUUUACCACAUUGGGGUCUGUGAAGCUAGCCAAAAGAGUAUUGUUACAUUUAUAAAGUUAAAAUUAAGCAUUGCAAUUCCUACGAUGCUCUAAUGCAGUACACUUUUUUUUUUUUUUUUUUUUUUUUUUUUUAAACUCCAUACAUUGAAUUUGUAUUUUUUACUUCUAUAAUAAAUAUGCUUUGAUAUAAGAUGAUUGCAUUUCUUUGUAGAAAGAUCCUAAUUUGUAUACCAGCUGGUUACUGGAGAAGAUGGGUUUUUAUACUGUUUGGGAUUUUUUUGUAAUCUUGUGAAUAUUAAGUUUUGAGGUUUUUACCUCAAAACAGUCGCUGCAACCUUUCAUUCAAUAGUUUAGGUCUUUACUGCAUGGCACCUGUUUAAUUGUUUUUAAUGAUAAAAUGCAUUAAUCAAUAAUACCCCUUUUUUAUAUUUAGAAACAAUAAUAUUGGUGUAGUUAAAUUACUUUUGCAAAACCAUUUGCCCCUGGGCAUAUAGUCCUAUUAAACAUAUCAACACUUAAAAAUGGGAAGGAAUACACCAAAAGCAUCUGCUUAAUCACAUGUCACUCAAACAUCAUCAUCUCUUCAUAGAGCAAGAGCCCUAGCCAUCAAUGACUAUAAUUCAAAACAAAAUGAUGCUGCUUUGAUUGAAAAUAUGACCUUAAAGGUCUUGAAAUCAAAUGUAAUACAACAUUGUAUAUUUUAAUGAAGAACCCCCUAACAAUUCACAAUUUGAUAUUAUAAAAGUCUAGAACAGUUUAAUGCUGAUAUUUAUUUUCUUUUACUGUAAUCUCUUUCUGAGUAAGAACCUAUAUUAAUUUUGUUAGUCGUAUGACCAUAACCUGUCCAAGUGCUUAAAUUGAACUUUUUUUUGUUUAUUAUUAUUUUGCAUGUAUUUAUUUCAGGACAUUGUUUAGUUUUUUGUUUUGUUUUAUGUACCAGUAUUAUUGGUGAUUUGUUGCAUGUUAUUUAUGCUUUUCUAGAAUGUCUUUCUGCUAUAGUUUGGGAAUUUAAAACCUCAAAGACAGAACUCCUAAAAUAUAAAUGAUGAAACAGUUUUUAUUUUUUCAUCUUGCACCAUUUUGUAACUCCUCAGUUUAUCCAGGAGUAGAACAUGUUUUGUAGUAUGUGGUGUUUCAUAAAUGUACCUUAUAAAAUAAAUAACUUAAUGUCAGAUGGAGUAUAAAUAUGAAUAAGAAAGUAUAUUUAAACCUAAAUUACCUUAGAUUAAGCUUUGCAUCAGCUUAGUUUCACUCAAUACAUAUAAAGCAAUUCUAAUGAAUGGUAUACUUGUUACAUGAGUUCUGUCUUUCACGUGUAUUGUAACAGAUGGCUACAGAUGGAUAAUAUUCAAUACAUGUCUUAAGAAACCCUGGAUAACCAUAGUAUAAGCAGUUUGUUCAUUGUUAAUACUGUAUAUGAUUUAAUUCAUUUUUAAAAGUUAAUAAAAUAAUUAAUUCAUAUUGUCUUAAUUUUAUAUUACCAAAUGAAACUUGAUGCACCAAAGUCAAGAUCAAUCACUAGUAAUACGGUCCCAUUGGUGUAUCAGUAGCAAGGACAUGUUCUUUUAUUGUCCACCCAAGCUGAAUAAAUGCGUUCAGCAAACUAAUUGCAUUCCAAGCUCUGGGGAAGAAAAACAAACAGAGGAGUGCUCUGAUAAAAUGUUAUCGGACACACCUAACAGGUGGUGAUUAUCACUACAACCCAGAGCACAAUAUUCAGGAAGGACCUGCAUUACAAUGCUGUCUUGGCAGGUGAAAGCUGGUUGCUUCUGAUGCUGAAGAAUCCUGUUUUUUCUCGUGUUUUUUUUUUUUUUUUUGGAAGAUGUGUACUCUUGCCAGCAUGAAUUUAUGCUGAAGAUGCUGAACUAUUACUGAAAAAGCACAGAUCCUAUUUAACUAGAUUUCCAAUACUGUUUUUCCAAAUAUGGGUCAGGUGCAGUCUCCGGAGCCUGUUCAGGACAGCAAGCCUGAUGCCCUCUGUGAAGUUUUCAGCCAAGGUGUAGGUCAUGCAUCUCAAAGGCUGAAAGAGUACUUGGGGUUCAAAGAUCCACAGAGCAAACUGCAGCCUAGCACAGACACGCUUAAUGAGAUUUUUCUUAUGAAUUUUAUCUCUUUCUGCAUGGGGAAAGGUGUGGAGGAGCACAUUACCACAUGCAAAAUGACAAAACAGCAGUCUCUACUGUUUGGAGUGGACUGGAUAUGGACAAUUUUUGGGCCUGACAAAAAUAUCAGGCUCCAGUUUACUGUUCAAACGUGUCAGCUGUCGGAUUUGGUAGUGAAUGAGAGUGGUCAGUCAGAGCAGCCCUGGAGAAAUGGAAGAGAGACUGCCAUGUUGGAUGUGCUGUAUGAAAACAAGGGCAGGUUUGAGAAACUAGAGGAAUUCUGUUCAUUGGUCGGACAAGACUGUGUGGGACUUUUCAUUGUGUUUGGACUGCCAGGAAAGCCAAAGGAAAUCAGAGGAGCACUUUUGGGUAGUAUCCAGACAAAAAAGGAUAACAAGUCAUUGCCCGGGGAUAGUUUGGUGAAAGAUUAUAUUAUAAAUACAGAGUCGUUUCUUUCUACACAAGAGAUUCUGGAGCACUGCUUGAGCAAAAAGAAUGGUCUUAAUAAUGUGGGAAAUGUUUACAUCAAUUUCCUUUAACCAGUUCCCCUCCCUCCCUUUUUGGUGUAUUGAAAUUUUAAUUUAGUUAACACUUUUAAUCCCUCAAAGUUGGUGUUCUGCUUUAAUUUGUGACUUUAAUUUAUAUUUCAAUUAAAUGGUUUGACUUUUUUUACUAGUGCAAUACUGUUAAUAGUUUCACUGUCAGAUGAUACUUGCAUUAAUCAACUAUUCAAAAUAUUGUGAACAUAAUGUAUAUUACCUUGGAAGCAAUAACAUUAAAUCUUGUUUAAUUAUGUUACCAGGGAUUUAAA